GGACGCUUCCUAUCAAACGACGCGAUCUGUAGGCGAGCAUAAAUAUUGGAACACGUGCCUGACGGGUGUUUCUCGUUCCCCAGGUGCGUCCUGUUAGACUGACUGUUUAAACAGUUAAUAGCGCUGAACAUGUCUUGGUUUUAGCCUUCAGCUUCGCCUGUGAAGACUGCAUUUGUUGUUCGAAAGGAUAAGUCAACAUGAAGAUCAGAGAGCUGUGUAUGGGAGCCAUGUUGAAGCUGAGAUAAGAAAAAAGAACGAAACCACCGGUUUACUGAGGAACUAGACACCGAACGAGUCGGCCACGGAAAACACCGACGGCAGCUGAUGACAGAAACGUCCAUUCCUUACUGCACCUUUUAAGGCUAUUUCCUCAUUUUAGCAGACGCUUUCGUAACCGUGACGGAAAGCUUGUUGAAGCGGUAUCACGCCAUGCGGUAAUACACGUUGUCGUGAAUAACGUGAAUAAUUUCCGUGCCUGUAUAUCAAAUCGGUUGUUUAUUAAGUUGGGUCGAGUUUACUCCAGCCUCGUUUGUGCUCUGCAUUUCAGUCACGCGAACAGCAUCUCCACUCCACGUCCCCUGUCUAAUUAUAGCGCUCCUCCCCGGGACUUUUCCCCCCUCCGUCCUCUUGAGAAAACGUCGUUUGAGAUCGUGGGUCAAUACGAAGACUACCCAUAACCACCCGCUGUGUUCCGUUUCCCCAUAGCGAGCAAACAUCCUGACGCACUGCUCGGAGCCUCGGAUCAAUACACGCGUCUCGUAAACAAUUAGACGAAGGAUAUUUAUAUAUAUGUAUAUAAUUUUAUUAUACACAGUCCGUAUAUAAAAGUAUGUGGCACUUUUUAUGUGAUAAAUAUACGUAUUCGGUGGAAGUAUGGAGCUGGCCAACCAUGGUCUUAUCCUCCUGCAGCAGCUCAACGCGCAGAGGGAGUUCGGCUUCCUGUGUGACUGCACGGUCGCCAUCGGUGACGUCUUCUUCAAAGCACACAAGGCCGUGCUGGCCGCCUUCUCCAACUACUUCAGAAUGUUAUUUAUUCACCAGGACAGCGACUGUGUUCGGUUAAAGCCCGCAGACAUCCAGCCCGAUAUCUUCAGCUACCUCCUGAACCUGAUGUACACUGGCAAACUGGCCCCGCAGCUCAUCGACCCGGCCCGGCUAGAGCAGGGCGUGAAGUUCCUGCAUGCCUACCCCCUCAUCCAGGAGGCUAGCCUAAACAGCCAGACCGCCUUCUCUCAUCCCGAGCCCAGCAUCCGGCUUAACACCUCUCUCUACGGCAUCCAGAUAUCAGGCCAACAGGGGUCUCAGUCCGGCCGUCUGUCCACCAGGAGGCAGUCCUCACCCGUCGACUCGGACAGCACAGGCGUGCUCGAUGGGAAAAGCUCGACCGCGAACGCGUCUCUGUCGUCUGGAUCCAGACUGCAGCCGGACAUGGAGGUCGAGGCAGCGGCGGUGAGCAGCAGCCAGUUCGGGAGAGAAGGCUCCGAGGCAGACGCGUCGUCCGGCGAAAGCUUGUCCGCCUUGACGAGCGCGAACCCUAACACCAUCCUCCACGUGAAGCCCAGCAUCAUGAAACGAAGCUCGUCGUUCCGGAAGCACUACACCUGCCACAUCUGCGGCAGUCGCUUCAACCAGCGAGCGGCUCUGAGGGAACACCUUCUCUGGCACGCCCAGGCUAUGGCACCUCUAAUGCUGGAGUCUGGAGGUGCCACCUCUCCCAUACUUCCCGGAGGAGCUGCCACACCCGAGGUGGAGGAAGUUCUCACCGGCGUUGGAGCGUCCGCAGCCACUCCCAUCAUGGUGGACGUUGAUGUCGAACAGCCCCUGUCUGGAUCUAAAGUCUCGCCGAGGGGCGAGCCGGCCGUCUCGGUCCCUUCGGCGGCGACGUCGUGCGCGGCUCAGCCCCAAGCGGACACGCCUCCUCCGUCCGACAUCGCCGACAUCGACAACCUAGAAGGCGUGGCCGACAUCGAGCGAGAGGUGAAGAGACGGAAGUACGAGUGCCCCACCUGCGGACGCAAGUUCAUCCAGAAGAGCCACUGGCGCGAACACAUGUACAUCCACACGGGAAAGCCGUACCGCUGCAGCGCCUGCGGGAAGAGCUUCUGCCGAGCCAAUCAGGCAGCACGACACGUCUGCAUGAGCCAAGGUGCGGAGUCGGCGUACACCAUGGUAGACCGGCAGAGCAUGGAGCUGUGCGCGGCGGACGACUCCAGCCAGAUGGAGGCCCUGUUCCUGGGCUCCUCGGGAAGACCGUACAAGUGUAACAUAUGCGAAAUGACCUUCACCAACCCGAACGAAGUCAUCAAGCACACGUGCUUUAACCAGGGCGCGGUCUCGGAGGGAAGCGUCUCAGGAACGGCGGGGAGCGGCGUGAACACUGACAAAGCGGCCAAAGAUGAGGGUUCUGAUGUGUCUAGUGGUGGAUCUUUAGUGAUGGCCAUUAAAACAGAGGAGGUCUUGGUAGAUUAAUAAAACGUCCAUCCUAUAUCCAUGGGGUUUUUUUCCCUUUUCGUUUAUCAAUAUCACACUUGUUUGUUGAAGAGCGUUUAUUCCGAUGUACAGCUUACGCUCUCAGUGUAGAACAGGAAAUGGCUUGUACCUAUUAUAUGAAACCUUUUUUUUUUUUUCCACACCAGCAGGCAGUCGAGAUGAGUUUAUUACACCGCGAAGCUCUUUUUUAUUUUAUGUUUUUUCCCCCGUUCGGUGGAAUUCGGGUCAUUCACACGUUGCACGUUGCGGUUUAAGCCUUUCCUCUUUGUAACCGUCAACAGGAAGAGGAAGUAGUGAAUUGCAAUAACCCCACCUAUGGUGAGAGCGUUCUCCUCAACGCGUUCUCCUCGACGCGUUCUCCUCACUGAUUCUUAUAUCCUCGUAUGAUCUGAAAACGGCACAAAAAAAACGUUUUAUGACAUUUAAAGCAAUAGCCAGCAGCAUAUAACCAUCACUAUAUUCUGCUUCUAUUAUUAUUAUUAUUAUUAUUAUUAUUACUAUUAUUAUUAUUUCUACCGGCCAAAGAGUGUUAGAGCAGUUUAUUUCGUCUUCCCUGAUAAACCGAAUAGUUUUUUUUUCUUUUCUUGUCCCUCAGCUUGGAUGAUUUUGUGUGAAAGAGCAUCAGUUACUCCAUCAUUAACCAUCAUAUCAAGUUAUAAAGUUCCGCUAGCUAUGAUCUCCGCUAAGAGCUCGCUUGCCAAGGUAGAGCUAUUAUUAUUAUUAUUAUUAUUAUUAUUAUUAUUAUUAUUAUUAUUAAAUGAAAAACAAUGAUUUGUGUGCCAACACAAUUCCCCAGUUUAAAACAAACAUCUUGUUUUGAAUUCUUUCCAUUUUUAAAGGAUGUAAGUUGAUCUGGAACCAUUCUCAGUAAAUGUUUACAGAUGUGCCAUCUUUUUUUAUUUUAUUUUUAUUUUAACAUUAUUUACUUUGUAUUUUUUUUCAUUCUGAAUGUAUCUGAUGACCUGUUACUGAUUAGGUAUGUUUCUGUUUUGAACCUUCACGUGUAUCGAUGUCUCAGUUUGAAGGGAGAUUUUAACCGUUUGUUUAUUCGCGGGGGAAAAAAAAAAGUUUGUAAAAAUCCCUCAUUUUGUUUUUUUUUUUUGUUUUUUUUUUUUUUUUCCCCAAAUUUUAUACACAGUACUAUAUUUACAAAGAAUAUUUUAUAUUACAAAUGUUGUAUAUUGCAUAAAGUGCAUUGAGCGUAGAAUAUAAUCAAUUUUUAGUGUAGCACGAGUGUAUGUACAUUUUGUUUGUCUCCGAGUAUCUGGUCUUAUAUUAAUAUUUUAAUACGACCCCCUCCCCUCCUCCUCCACCUCCUCUCCCCCUCCCCCUCCUCUCCCCCUCCCCUUCAUUAUCUGCUGUUGCUUAUUGUUUGCUCCUCGUUCAGCUGUCCAUGCACUGAAAUUUAGGGACCUGACUACUUUUUUAUGAAAUUUUCGGAACGCGUGACGAUGCACUGGGAGUUGCAGUGGUUCUGUAGGGUUCUGUAGGGUUCUGUAGGGUUAUAAACAGGCAUCGGACAUUCAUAACAAUGUUCUUUUGCAAUUGCAACAAGUCAAAUGUGCCGAAAAAGAAACGAGCAGCUCUACAAAUAAGGAAAUUGUUGUUGUUGUUGUUGUUGUUGUUAUUUUUAUUUUAUAGGUUGCUUCAGGAACAAGAAAAUGGGACCAUUGUUGUUUUUAAGAAAGUAUUAUUUCCUCGACAGAGCAGUGUAAUUUUGUUUUUUGGUGAAGUUUCUGUAUUAGGGCAUUUUGUGAAUUGAGUUACUACUGAUUGGUUGACGACUGGGAUUUUAUGACGUGCUCCUCUUUUCUCGUAACGUUCCUUUAUUUUUGACUCCUGGUGGUCGUGCAUGUACAGAAAUGACAAAUGAUAUGCCAUGCUUCGUUUUUCUUUCGCUUUGUUUUUUUUUUUAUAUAUACUAUUACACAUCUCCUCAUAUGCAAUUUGCUAAUGUAUUUUGUUCCGAGUUUAUUUUCGAGGCAGUUACAGGGAGGGGGGUGGGGGGUGAAGGAUCUUCCCUCCUCCGUCCCCUAAAAAAAUGCACAAACUCCAAAGCGAAGGCAAAACAUACAGUAUACUGUGAUCUGAAGCUCCUCAGGAAAUGAACAACUGCCUCAGAAUAAAUGUGAUUUGUGGUCGUCUGUCUAUUACGAACAAUAAAUCUUCCCUGUAACGGUAAUUGAAAUCAUUCCCAUAAAGUGGACAAAAUGAAUAAACAAUAAAACGUGACUGCAACAAAGCAGUAAUUAAUGAA